GCGCGUCGCCUGUCCACGUCCCAGAACGUUGAUUAGGGAGAAAUCGGCCCUUUGAAAACAGAACGCCAAGCCUGUCUUCCGAUGCUGCUUCUAGGCGCUGGAGGGCUCUUCUGGAUAUGCCUUCUGCAGCAUCUCGGGGAGUGUUGUGAUUUUUUUUUUCUCCCGAAGGCAUGUUGGAGGGUUUAAAAAUACUCCCUGCUUAGUUUCCUGCCGGGGAUCAUGUCCCGCGUGCAGUGGCCGCAGGGAAGACAGCCAGGCUGCCACUCGCGGCGGAGCACCGGGAGAGGCACCCGCGCAGGGUCGCUCUGCCACCCACACGGGGCGGAGAGGCCUCCGCCAGCUCCUCGCCUGGCCUCUGAGCAUGGGGUGAAGAACCCAGCCCCUGGGGUUGGGAGACCCAGGAGGCUGUGUGGCUGUGAACCUGACCUCUCCCUCUCUGAGGCUGUUUCCUCCCUGUAAAAGAGGGGUCUGAAGAGGAAGGAGCCCUCUGGGGCCAGUGAGCGCUAACACAGUGCCAGGCUGAGACUGCACAGGCGCAGAGGCCCCACGGAACCCUGAGAGCAGGAUGCCGGGCGCCAGGGCUCCGGGCCUCGGUUGUCCCUCCACUCCGCUGGCAGUGUGGCCUGUCCUCGCGGAGGGAUCCUGGUUUCUCCUGCUCUGCACGGGCACACAGGGUCCCUGGGCUGAGAGAGGGAAAGGCAGCACCAAGGGCGCUGGGCAGGGAGCAGGGACCCCUGAAACCCAGCUAAAGUGACCGGAGGCCGCAGAGCAGAGGCCUGGCCCUCGGUUUGCCUGGUGCUGGGGCUCAGAGCUGGGCACUCACACUGGCAUUUAGAGGCAUCCCCUGCCUGCCACUUCUCCUCCACUCGCUGUCCCAGAGUCGGAACCCAGCCGAGACCCUGCCUGAUCCACGGCUCUCCCUGUUGGAACCUGCGCCUGUGGCCUGUCCCUCAGAGCCUUGUCCUCACUCAGCACUGCUAGGGAGGAGGCCCACAGACUGCCGUAGGCAGGGCAGAGAUCGCUGGGGGCCGUGGGGUGGGCUGCUUCUCUGGCUUCUGACCCAGUACCCUCGGAGCAGCCCCUCACUGUCACGUGUCUACAUGACGCUCACAGAGCCACAGCACCACAGCAGGCAGAGCCAGGCUGCCCCUCCGCUGCCCUGGAAUCCCAGGGGUGUUCUUGCUGGGCUCCGGAAGCCGGUCACAGCUCUCGUCUCUGCUGCCCCACUUCUGUCCUCCGCCCUCCGACCCCCCUAGCUCCUAGCUCUGGCCUGAAGUCCUAGGGCGUUAGAACUGAAAGGGGUUUCUGGGUUUGCCACUCAGCCCUCUCCCUUGACUCAGAAGGAAACAAGGCCUAGAAAGGGAAAGUGAUUUGCUGGAGGGGACAGCAGGUCAGGGCCGACUCGGUGGGGAGAACACCUGCUCUGCCCACUCAUGCCUAGGGCUCUUCGAUCUCCAUCCCGAGCUGCCUUCCAGCCUCAGUGUCUCCCCAAUUCUCCCCUUGGAGCAUCUCUCCAGUCCUGUUUAUCUCCAUCCUCGUCAUCUCUGCUGGCUAGCAAGGGACAGCAGCAGGGCUGCACAGGGCCACCUGGCCUCUUAGCUGGGAAUCAGAAAAAUCCGAACCUGACUCUGGACUUUACCACUAACUUGCCAUACUCCCGAGAUGGAAGGGCACAGACUCCUGAGACGUUCUAACUUAGAGCUGGGAGGGCCUUAGCAACCACCGAACUCAAGCCUUUUGUUUGAUAUCCGGUUCUAGGUGCUCUCAUCUGUCCGCAUAGCCGUCAACCUCCGUGAGCAGGUGUUCCCGUUUCUCAGAUGAGCUGGAAACUAGAGACUUCGAGGGGACACCAGAGCCUGCUGUUUGGCCAGCCCAGAACCCUGCGGUAGACACCGCCUCAGUCAAGAGCGCUUACUGGCUAAAAAAGGAAAGAAUUUUCUAUAUGUGAAUUCUGGCCAAAUGGUGGCAGACGCUGAAGAGUCUGGGAAUCCUGUCUGUGGUGGGCUGAGGGCUGAGCCCACCAAUGCAGUGAUUAAUUCUAGGAACAGCAUACACAAGAGAUGGUCAGUCCAGAAGCCAGAAGCUACAGGGAGAAACCCAGGGCACCCAACAGGGCUAGGUAACGUGGGAAAGGCCCAGCUUGCCGUGCUGAGAUUGGAGUUCCAUUUGUUGUGAAGUCCAAGGUCUCCUUUUCUUUCCUUUUGCAGAGAACUUGGGCUUUGGUGUCAAGCUGACCAGGUUCAAGUCCAUUAUACACCAUUUGCCAGUUUGAGGCUUUGUAUGUUUCUUAACCUGCGAGCUGGAGUUUUCUCUUCUGUGAAAUGCAAUGCUACUGUUUUUCUAGCAGGGUUGAUGGAAGAGUUACAAAGUACAGUGGUGGAGUGCUUCACACAUACUCAACUUAGUGCUGGCUAUUAUUGUAAUUGCUUAACUUCCCUGGAUCCUGGGCAUUUUGUGCACAAAUAAGGAGCUGAGUGUGAUUGAUCUCUGCGUCUGUUUCAGCUCCACUAUGCCGGGAAUCUGUGACAACGUGGUAGGAGCAGGAGAGAAAUGUGAGCAUUGUCAAACAGAGAAUUUUUCAUUAAUAAUUCCAUAGGUACAAAUUGCUCUGCUUGGAGCAAUCAGUAAGGACCUCCCAAUAUUUCCUCAUAAUUUAACAUUUCCAUUCACCACCUCUUCCCAUCCACUCUGCAACUUUUUCGUCUUCCAAUUUUUGCGGAAGGCAAUUAUUUAUCCUAGCGUCAUUCUCUUUCUCCACCUUGCCUGCUCCCUUCUACUCCUUGGCUUUGAAACAGCUGUCUGCCAGCAGCGUGUCUCUGAGUGGGCCAAUCUGUCCUUGUCAGAAUAAAUAAUUAAAUGCAAAGAGGAGUUAAUUAUCUGCUGUUGGCUGGGUAGGAGGAAAACUAACGUGAGGACUUUAUCUCUCCCAUCUGGCUCUGUCUCCUCCCUCCUCUCCCCUCUGUAGGGAGUGACUGUUCGGGGAUGCAGAUCCCCAGGGACUUCUAAUUUUGAGGAAGCUGCCCACACUGGCUGGCCCCAUAGAUACGGCUGUGUCAUACACUCGCUGGGUCAUGUCCCCCUGAGAGUAGAAAAGAGAGCACACCCUGAAUGUGAGAAGUGUGAGAGCUGCGCCCCUGCCCCUGCCUUGCACACACAGCGCUCACGGUCAACCCCCAGCACUCACAGUUGUCUUAUACCAAAGUGGCCUUGCACUGGCACUGGUUUGCCAAAGAAAGGAACUUUGGACAAUUUAGGUAGUUCGGCCUCGCUGUUAAGUCAGGGGGUCACUGUUGGCUGAGCCAGGAGCCACGUUUGGCUCAGAGCCCUCUCUUGCCAGCAGUGAGACCUUAGUCCAGUUACUAGGGGAGCAGGGCUUGGGUGUUUGGGCCGUGGUCCAGCCGCUGCCUGGUCUGCCCACGUGCCGUGUCAGAGGGCCUGGGUUUGAGUAAUCCACACUCUGGGAGGCAGCCGUGCGUGAGUCUCGGGUGGAGCUCCCAAUCCUGAUGUCAGCCUGGCCCAACCCCACUAUGGCGGGCAUCUGGGGAGUGAACCAGUGGAUGGGAAAUCUCUGUCUACGUCUGUCUGUCUGUCUUCCUCUCUCUGUCCAUCUUUCAAAUACAUUUUUAAAAAGCAGGGGCAAGGGGUGAAAGUAGUUCCUACUUCCUCAGGUUGUGAGAACCAAAUGAAAAAUGUAUAGAAAGAAACUUGCAGAGUGUCCGGCACAUAAAAAGCCCUUAAUAAGUGUUUACCCGUUAUUUUUAUCACCUGGACUUAAAUUCUUUUUGUGUGUAACUCUGGUUAAACUAGAAGAUGCAACUGAGGAUCUCAAAACAUAAUAAAGAUGACUGAAUCGGCUAAGGAUCAAGACAGACUUUUCUUUUUUAAAAGAUUUAUUUAUUAUUUAUUUGAAAGGCAGAGAGAGAGGAGAGACAGAGAGAGGUCUUCCAUCUGAGGGUUCACUCCCCAGUGGCUGCAACGGCCAGAGCUGGGCCAGUGUGAAGCCAGGAGCUUCUCCUGGGUAUCCCACGUGGGUGCAGGAGCACAAGCACUUGGGCCAUUUUUCACCGCUUUCCCAGGCACAUUUCAGGGAGCUGGGUAGGAAGUGGAGCAGCCGGGGCUCGAACUGAGGCCCAUAUGGGAUGCCAACAUUGCAGGCAGCUGCUUUACCCGCUACACCACAGUGCCGGCCGUGGCAGACUUUUCACAUAAUUUUCCCCAUAUACCAUUUUAGGGAGAAACUAUGGAGGUGAGGGGAAAUCAUAAAAAUGUCCACAAAUGAGUAAGGUGCAAAGGAGUUCUGUGAUGAUGGCUAUGGUUGGCACUUUGUGAAGCCACUUUUGCUGUCUGACAUGCACAGGAGUUGAGUAAGCAUCUUCAGACGGAAACCGAGCUGACAUGGUUCUGUGUCUUACGCAGCCUUUAAGGAGGCCCUUUCACAACAGAACUCUCUUAGUUGGGAAGCACGUGCCACAUUCCACUGUCUGGUGGACAGAGUGGCAGCGUGGGCCCAGGGGGCUGUGAUUAUUACUAUGAAUAACAACCUUGAUUGAGAAGCAGAGAUCUGUUAGAUACCAUCCAGAACAUGUGUCAUUGUCCAGAAUUAGACUCAGACUCCCUGGAGUGGCCGGAUAAUCUAAUUUUGAUGAACUCAGAUAAGUUUCCCAGAAACUUGAAGGCAGGAGGCGGCGAGGAAUGGUGCCUAGUCAGACAGUGUGCGCUGUGUACCCUCCUGGUCCUGCUCAGGCCAAGUGGAGGGGAGGAAGCAAGAUCUCCAUGGCUCCUGUCACCAUCAUCCCUGGGCAGUUGCCCCUAGCCAGCUACCGAAGCCCAUCUGCUGACAUGCAGUGUGGCCCCCAAGGCUUGCUCACCCUCUGUGCAAGCGCUCUGUGCAAGCACCCACCACUUCGGUGUUUUGAGGGGCACGUGGCGCCUGCAGACCAGUUUGCAUGGCAGCCAUUGCCAAAGCGCUGGUGUAAGCAUGAGUUUUACCAAUUGCACAGUGCUUCAGGGCUGCCACCCCGUUUAGAGGCUGUCAGUUUAAGGUCUGCCUUCAGGAGCAAGUCACAGCCUGAGCAUGGUUCAUGAGGGCUGGGAACAACUCCAGAGUCCUAAGCUUGGCCCCCCCCAUUCUGGGCACUGAGCUCUCAAACCACAGUUUCUCGUCUUAGUAAGUUGGCUCACACAGUGCCUUUGUCUGAAAUUCUCUCAUCUCUUGCACAUCUCCUCUGUCCUGCACCCCGAAAACAUCAUCGCGGCACAUGUACCUAACUCCUAGUCAAGGGUUGUCUGCUCUGGGAAGUCCUCUCUACCCACCCACCGCCACCUCUGGCUGAGGUCAGCGUUCUCACGUGCGUUUGCAUGGCAUCCUGCAUUUGCGUCUAUCCUGGGACUCACCACGUUUGCUUGUGUUUGUAUCCCCCACAGGCACUGAGUGUCUUCAUAUGGUCCUUGGGUUCCUGAUUUUCAGCACAGCACUAGCAUAAAAGGAUGCCCAGGAAAGCAUUUAUAAAAACUGAGCUGAAUUAGACUUUUUCCUAUACUUUUUCUCAACACUCCACAUGGUGCAGGUAACACGAAGGGAGCAAAUAAAUAUCUGCUUGAUUGUAUAAAAGCUGAUCCCAGGCCUUAUCACUAAACGGCACAGUCAUGUCUCAAAUCACUCAAUACCCCUGGUUAGCGGAGCUUUUGAAGUUCAAGUGCAGAGACCGAAGCAUUGAUGAGCUGCACGUCGGAGGGGAGGUGGAGAGGAUCUUUCUGGCAAGUUUGAUCGGAAACUUUGGAUGGAAGCCCUGCUUCUGCCCCCAGCAGUCUUCCUUUCUUUGAACAAGUGGUCUCUGUAGGCUUCCUUCUCUACUCAACAGAGGGAAACACAACCGCUGGUUGUGGUCAUACGGAGUCUUCCAUCAGCAGUAAGAAGUGAAUGCCUAUAACAUUCUGAAGGUUCUUGAUAUUGGACACAGCAAAUGUGGUACUGCCCUCUUGGAGCCAACAGGGCAAUGUAAGAGAAGCACAUUUUUUUUUUUAACAGUGUAAAGUUUCAUUUUUAUCUAUUGUCAGGGCUUUUUAGUUUUUACAAAUGUAGUAGAGAUUGGCCAGAGUUGUAGAGUUACUGGUAAAGUUGCUGCCUGCGUCACUGGCAUGCCAUAUGAGUGCUGAGAAAGCAUUUAUUAUAUACCUGUGAGAAAAUCUAAUGCCAUAAGAAUACAAAGUAUUUUUUAAACAAAUAAAGUAGUUUUGAUUUUUGAGUUUUCCACUCCUUUGAGGGAAGAAGCCAUUAAGUCUUUGAGGGAAGGAAUUAUGACUAGUUUUAUUAAUUUAAUGGAUGUCAUUGAGUGCUAAUAUUUGUCAGGCCUGCCAUCUCUCGAGGCUUGCUCUCAGUCCUCAGAGCAGUGGUAGGCACAUAGUAGGGACUUUCAGGUUGUUGAGGGACUAGAAACUUUGGGAGAACAAGCUGAAUGCAGCACAUAGCCAAGUGUGAGGAGGCAUCCUCCACGCUCGAGGCCAGUUUAGAGCAUCUCAGGGGGUAUCCAGUAGGGCUGAGGUCCCUUGCAUGCUGCAUCCAUGGAAGAGUCGGAGGAAGAGGUUUGGGCUAUGAGUUUAGGACUAAUUCAGGUUCUCUGAGAUGGUUCUCUUUGGGAAAGGUCAGCUGUGCAGGCGGCCCACGAUGUCCACACAAGGGGCAGCACCGAGUCGGGAGUGCAGACACCCGAACGUCACUCCUAGCUCUCUGAUACUGGAAGUAAAGGCACGAAGGGUUUGUGCUCACUGUACGUAAAACCCCUCCCUGUCCCGUCCCCUUUUACCCAAGCCCCGUGUUGCUAUUACUGAAUAACUUCCCCAGGGGCCCUUCAAAAAACUGCUUCGUCUGCAGAUAAGACACACUGUAGAGGACAUUGAAGGUUUGGGCAAGAAGAACCUUAAUAGUCAGGCUGUCCUCCUCACGUGCAAGGGACCAUCCCAGAUGGCCUUGGAGACCUGGGGAUUUGGAUCAGUUGUAGAAGGCUAUGCCCCCAAGUCCCCAGGGCCCCUUGGAACACCCUAUUCUAACAAAGCCCUCUCCCAGCCUAGAAAAUUUGACUCAGGCUCCUGCCACCCACUCCCACAGCACCUUAUGGGCACUUCCUGAACGUUAAAACACCCGCUUCCUUGAAAUUACAUGUCGAAUGUCUCCUUUCCAUUAUGGGAAAUCGAGGCAGAGCUAAACUCAGGAGAGGCGGGGGAUUCUUCUCGGUUGUCCCCCUCCUUCCUGCUCUCUCCUCAGUGCCUAGCGUGCUGCUCAGCACCUCGUAGCCACUCAAUAAACUUAUUCAUGAAUGGGUGAGUCACUAGAGGAUAUUCUCACCAGGACAGAGAGGUGAGAAAUUGUGGGACGUGUAGGGGAGUUGUGUAGCUUCGGGGCUGAGGGCGCGAGGGGCACAGUGAAGAAAAGGCAGGGUGAGGCUGUGCCAUGGAGGGCCCCAAGAAGCAAGGCUGACAGUUCGGACUUUCUAAGCAGGAGGAAGCCAGCAAAGACUACAGCUUCAGCAGAGAGGUAAACGUCCAUUGUAAUCGGUAGAAUUUAUUCGUGGCAUAGGCAGCUUCCUUUGCCCCUCCUAAUACACUUCCUGCCAAGAAACGCAUAAUAAACGACAAAGCAUUGUCUAUGCCACACACCCAGUAAAGUCACCGAGUAUCUUAUCUACAAAUUUCUUUGGCCGGGGUUGUAGAGGACCCAAGGGAAGCCAAUGUGGCUGGAAAACUGACUCGAGCCAGGAUGCUUUCGUGUUAGAACCUGAGCGGCUGGCACAUGGUAGCGAUGUCCAGUUUCUCUGACCUUGCUUGAAGGUCAGCAGGGAGGGGUCCUGUACCCCAACUCCUCUGCCAAGCCCUGGCUUUCUGGUUUUCCAAGGAGUUUCUCUCUUGAACCUGUGCCUUCCCUCUUCCAGGAGGGAGUCCCUGGACUACGAGUGAGGGAGUCAGCACUCAGGCCUCUUGGCAGACCAGACCAAGGCACCAUAUGCUUUGCCGGGAACUAUUUUUACACUUCCUUGGGGAUUUGCUAGGAAUGAGUGACAGAGAGUGAGAGGGUCAGGGGAAGUGCUCAGGAAGUGCGUCUGUGAGCUCGUCCCGAUCCUGGGUGAUUUUCUGGUUUCCAUUCCCGUUUUCAUUCUCCUCUCAUUUCCUCCCGUUCAGCUGUCCCCUCCCAUGUUUCUUUUCUCAUUUUUAACGCACUUUUCUCCACUUCCUAUGUUCCCUUCUCCUUGCCCUCUUCUUUCAUUCUCCCCGUCGCGUGCUUUGCUCGCAAUAGCUACCUUUUAUGCAGUUCUUGUAUGCUGAGCUCUACCCAUCACCCCGUAGCCUCCAGGAGUGAACUCGCAGUGUCUCCACCGUGCAGAUGAGCAAAGGGAAACACAGACUGAAGAACUCAUCCGAGCUCAGCAGACAGUAACAGGGAUUUGAACUCCGGGUACCUAACUCCCAUGCCUGUCUUCUCUUAGCCAUCGCAUGGCUGCUUUUUCUGCAUUUCCACUUCCCCCUUGCCAGCGGCCUUUUGUGCUGCCUGUCUUUCCCUCCCUUCCUCUCACUCACCACCGUCCAGUCACAGCAUGCCUGUGGCUGGCUCUGAAGGUGCUGAACACUGUGCACGCGCCCAGAAGAGAGGACAGACCAUCCAAGCACUUAUCUAAUCAGCCAUUUUCCUUUCGAGCAAGUGCUCCACGAUUUUCCACAUUUGGGGGCUGGAGGAAGGGCCCCGUCACCACCUGAGGAAAAGAGGCAGAUGCCCGAUCACCAAGCAGAGGAAGGACCUGCAGCCCUGGCUGGGCCUUUGAUACAGAGAGGAACGGAGAUAAGUCCCUUUCCGCUGACUCAGGGGCUCUCUGCAUACUGUCAGGGUUGGGGGUUGGGGACUGGGAGAAGACAGAGCCAAGAGGCUGGUUUCUGUCAAAGAAUCAGGUCCGCAGCCAAGGAAGCCUGAGCUAUGAAAUGCAGCUCUCCACCCUGUCUUUUCCCAUAAGCGUAAAGAACGUUGCAGUAGGAACCAGGAGCAUGUUGGCAGCACAGAUAUGAAGGUCAAAGUUUGAACUUGGCAACCUGCAAGGUCUCAUGCAAAUCUGAGGUUCUUUGAUGCUAAGAAGGGAACAUUUCUGUUCAGUUCCCUCCUACCUCUUGGCCAUCCUGUUGGUUACGAUCAGUUGAGAGGUUUAAACUCUAAGGCCACUUGUUCGCCAAGGAAGUCGGAAGUAGGAGAUUCAAGAGUUGAUUCAGGACAUGGGCUGGCAUUUGGGAGACUCUCUUCAAAGCUUCAGAAACCUUGGCCCACCCCACCUUGCCCACAGGCAGGAAGUGGGGGUGGGGGGACUGUGAGGGAGGCUCCCUCUAUUUGCUGGGGGAUGGAAAACCCCUCGCAGAGCCCUCUCCAUGUUACACCCUCCCCAUUCCUCACUGACCAGAACUUAGUGCAGUGAAGACUAAAAACCAGAAUCACCUGGUCUUUCCACCCUGCUAGCAGGAGGCAGGCAAGGAAGCAGCAAUUGGUUUGCCACUGGGUGGGAAGCACCAGUGCCUGCCGCCUCCUCCUGGGCCAGGAUCUGCUGAUACAGAAGAAAAGGCAGUCACUGGUCUCAAGCGGUUCCUACUGGGAGAACAGGGAGGCAGAGGACGACAAUACCUGGUGGCCAAAUGCUGAGAGAGGGAUGGGCGUCCCCAGGAUCCUCAAGGGGGCUAAGGCCCAGCUUGACGGGGUAGGGAGAGCUAGAGGGAGGAAUGGAUGAAUUGAGAUUUUAUUUAUUUAUUGGAGCGGCAAAGAGAAGAAGACAGAGAGAGUGGGAACUUCCAUCUGCCACUCCCCAAACGCCCGCAACAGCCCUGGGGCAUUAAAGCCAGGAGCUGAGAACUCAAUGCAGGUCUCCCACGUGGGUGGGUGGCAGAAAUCCAGCUAGCUGAGCCAUCACUGCUGCCUCCUAGGGUCUGCAUUAGCAGGAAGCGGGAGUCAGGACUGGAGCCUGGCGCUGAGCUCAGGCACUCUGACGUGAAUUGUAGGUAUCCCACCUGGUAGAUUAACUGUAGAACAAAUAUUUCCCUCCACCCCCUGUUUUUCAAUUUGAGAAGCAAGAGGCAGGGACACACACAGACACACGCACAGAGGCACACACACAUCCAGUUAGAGGGAGGGGCAGGUAAGAGGUAAUUGGUGGGAGGGCAUUUGUGCCAGGAGUGGCAUUGAGAUGAUGCUGGAGAAGCCAGGGAGGGAGGAUUUGGCAGGGACUUACAGGAUUAGGGCGAUUGUUCUGGAUUGUGUGUGGGUACGUCUACAGGCAGGGCAGUGUGUGGGCAGCAGAGCUGUGUGGCUGGGGCGGCUGCACUGCACUGGGUUUACCAGCUGGAGGAAGCUGUUCCUCUGUGAUAUCUUUAGCUGGUGGGACUGAAGUUCAGUUUUUCAGUUCAUCACCUGCCAAUGCAGCAGGUGGAUGUUGGGUGGUUCCGAUCACUGCAGAGCAGUUCCUGAGGGUCCCAGUGUGCCCAUCCCACUCCCACUCCUUCUUCCUCCACCGAGUUAUGCCCUCUGGAGCCAUAGAACUUCCUUCUUCAUGGGACAGCAUUCAAACAUUUACGGUAACAAUUUUCAGGGUUUCACAUACCUCGUCUCAUUUGGUGCCCUCAGUCCUCUGAUGUGGUUACUCCCACCCCAUUUGACAGAUGAGAAAUGACACUCAAUGAGAUGGAUGUCCAGAGUCACGUGUGCAGAUCCCAAUCCUGCCUUUCUCCAGAAGUGUUGGUGACUGUUCCCCGGCUCCGCCAAGAUGGGCGACUGGAGCUUCCUGGGAGAGUUCCUGGAGGAAGUGCACAAGCACUCCACGGUGAUCGGCAAGGUCUGGCUCACGGUCCUCUUCAUAUUCCGCAUGCUGGUGCUGGGCACCGCGGCUGAGUCUUCCUGGGGGGAUGAGCAGUCGGAUUUCCAGUGCGACACGAUCCAGCCCGGCUGUGAGAACGUCUGCUACGACCAAGCCUUCCCCAUCUCCCACAUCCGCUACUGGGUGCUACAGAUCAUCUUCGUCUCCACGCCGUCCCUGGUGUACAUGGGCCACGCCAUGCACACGGUGCGCAUGCAGGAGAAGCGCAAGAUGCGCGAGGCCGAGACGGGCAAGGAGGUGCAGGGGGCCGGCUCUUAUGAGUACCCGGCAGCCGAGAAGGCGGAGCUGUCCCGCUGGGAGGAAGUGAACGGCAGGAUCCUGCUCCGGGGCACUCUGCUCAGAACCUACGUCUGCAGCAUUGUCAUCCGCACCACGGUGGAGGUGGCCUUCAUCGUGGGCCAGUACCUGCUCUACGGGAUCUUCCUGCACACCCUGCACGUGUGCCGCAGGAGCCCCUGCCCGCACCCCGUCAACUGCUACGUCUCCCGGCCCACGGAGAAGAACGUCUUCAUUGUCUUCAUGCUGGCCGUGGCCGGACUGUCCCUCUUCCUUAGUCUGGCUGAACUCUACCACCUGGGCUGGAAGAAGAUCGGACAGCGACUGGCCAGGUCGCCGCAGAGCUCGGCGGAGCCCCGCCUGCCUGGCCCCUCGGCGGGCACAGCCCAGAGCUGCACGCCUCCGCCUGACUUCACUCAGUGCUUGGAGAAUGGCCCUGGGGGGAGGUUCUUCAGCACGUUCAGCACCAACACGGCCUCCCAGCAGAACACAGACAACCUGGCCACAGAGAGGGUGCGAGGCCGGGAGCAGGUGCCGGGGGAGGGCUUCAUCCACAUCCGCUACGACCAGAAGCCCGAUGUGCCCGAUGGUGUCUCACCAGGCCACCCCAACCCUCAUGGCUACCAAAGUGACAAGCGGCGUCUUAGCAAGGCCAGCAGUAAGGCCAGGUCAGAUGACCUGUCAGUGUGACCUUCCACUGUGCGAGGACCACAAUCUGCCGGGAGCAAAGGGGUCUCGGAAGGGGAAAGGGUGGCCCUUCUCAGCCUAUGCUCUCACCCUCUUCCCUGCUCUGCUCCUUGGGCCUUGGCUCUCAGUGGCAUUCCUCCAUACCUCCAGAGGGUGUGACCGGGGCUCCAAGCUGUACCCAGAGAUAAGCUACGCCCUUGGCUCCCGUCCCUCCCAUCACCUAGCCAGGGUACCCAGUGAAGCCUUUCAGAUCAUUCACUGAGCAGGGUGGUGGAAGGGGAGGGAAACAUGGCCGGAUCUGCCCUGGGAGGGAGAACCAGGGGCACAGAACACCAGCAACAUGCCAGGGACAUAUAGCAGACGGGGUCCCCAAGACCCCCCUGGCUACCUUGACCUCAUCACCCCUCCUCUCCCAAGGAAGAGCCCAGCGAAUCAACACAUGUGCUCAGGAACCUGUAAUCUCCAUGGGCCACUGCUUAGAGUGCUGGUGAGGUGGCCUUGGGCUGCCCUUGGCCGUCCCGCCCUCUACCCGGUCUUCAAAAGGGAUCCUUGGAACUUGCCCAGCAGCCUCGAUUUUACAAGUGCCUUGGCAUGGACCGCUGGCAAAUGUCCCAGCUUGGUGGUGUUGCAGCCUUGCCUUCAGCCAGGGUGCACACCCGGUCCGGGGCCGGGGAGGGGGGUGCCAGCUCCUCUAGGGAGUCACUGUACACACAGACUCCACAGGAACUCCGGCCACCACCUGCCAUCCUGCAGCUCUGUUACAGUUCCACCCAAUAAUAGAAACCAUCCCCGCCCUUCCUCCCUCGGCCGUUCCUGCAGUUCUGUCCUACAGACCUUAUCGAUAGCGUGCCCAGGAAGCCAUCGUCGUCGCUCGGGUCCUGACCAGAAGAUCCCAGCCGCUGGGGCCAGUGGAAUUUCCCCAGGUCUUAUUAGAACAAAGCAAACAUUGUGCUUCUCACAACCCCCUCGGGAAAAAAUAAAUCUGCUGUGAAGAUGGAAAUAAAACAGGAGAGAAAACACUGGAAAACUA